GUUGAACAAUUUUCGUUACUUAUAUUAAAUAGCUAAUUCAUUAUUAGAUGAACGAAAAAUUGAUAUUUUUCUUUUUAUAAUUAUUUUUACACCGCCUAUUUUUUUUCUAAAAAUACAUAAUUCAAAUUUUUUUAGUUAAAAUUAAUUAACAAUGUCUGAAAUGGAAGAAAAGUGUUCAUUAGAAUCAAAAACAAAUAUUCGUUUUCAAGCAUUUUCUUCUUGUCUCGAUCCUACUUUUUGGUAUAAAAUGGCUCAGCUAAAACUGGAAGUAGAUAAGCUUGAUGAAAUAUAUAGACCAAUUUUAGGGUUUUAUUCUUCCAAAAGUAGUCCAUAUGUGUCACUUGACUGUUCUUCUUUUAAUUUAGAUAUUAACAAUACAUCCACAAACUUCAUUGCUCGUGGUUAUUGUUUGAAUAAAAAUACAUUGGACUCAUUUAAGAAUUGCGAUAAAAAUGAAUUAUUGAAGGAUUUUGGGAAUCGAUUAUUAGAUGAUUUUCUUUCUGGCAAUGCAAUUGAAGAUCCUACACUAAUACCAACUUUUAACAUACUUACACAUUCUGAUUUAAAGUGCUAUCAUUUUUAUUAUUGGUUUGCAUUUCCAACAUUUAUUGAACCAAUGUAUUACUUAGAUAAUAAUCCUGUAUCUCUUAACUCCAUUUUUUCACUGAAUCAGAUUGUAUCCUUAGUUAAGGAAUUUCAAGAUCUUCCAAUUAAUCAAAGAGGAUUUUUUAGUAUUAUACGUAAGGCAGAUGAUAGUAUAAAUUUAUUCACAUUAAAACAAUACAUAAAUCUACAUAACAACAAUAAGAUUGAUGAUUUAAGAGAUGGUAAUGGUGCUGUUGAUGAAUUUCUGGUAUUUGCAGAUCCAUCCGAAUUAGAAAAUAAUCCUGGAUGGCCUUUGAGAAAUUUUUUAUAUCUUAUCUUGAUACAUUGUCCUAAUAUAGCUAAUUCAAAUAUAAAAGUUAUUGCUAUGCGUGGAACAGUUAACAGUCAAUUCAACAAAAGUAUGAUAUUUAAUAUUAGAGUGCAAUCCAACUUUAAUGCUAUAAUAAAUGAUAAUUGUAAAUUUGUUGGUUGGGAAAAGAAUUCAAGUGGAAAAUUUUGCCCAAAAUAUGUUAAUUUAAGUAAAACUAUGGAUCCAAAAAAACAUGCAAAAGAAUCUGUAAAUUUAAAUCUUAAACUAAUGAAAUGGCGUUUAGCUCCUGAUUUGAACUUAGAUAUUGUUGCUAAAUCAAAAUGUCUUAUUAUUGGUGCUGGUACAUUAGGUUGCAAUGUUGCUCGAAAUUUAUUAUCAUGGGGUGUACACAAUGUUACUCUUAUCGACAAUGGUAAAGUUUCAUACUCUAAUCCAGUUCGCCAAUCUUUGUAUAAACACUCUCAUUGUAUCUCAUCUACUUAUAAGGCUUUAGCUGCUGCAGAAGUAUUAAAAGAAAUUCAUCCAGAAAUAAAUAGUAAUGGUGUCGUUAUGAAUAUUCCAAUGCCAGGUCAUGGAAAUGCUAGCGAAGAUCUUCUGAAUAUUAAUAAGCUUUCAAAACUCAUAGAAGAACAUGAUGUUAUAUUUUUACUCACUGAUUCAAGAGAAAGUAGGUGGUUACCAACUAUGCUAUCUACAUUGCACAAUAAACUAGCUGUAACUGCUGCUCUUGGUUUUGAUUCAUAUCUAGUAAUCAGACAUGGAACUAGAACAAAAUCAUUUUCUUCGGAGACAAAAUUGGGCUGUUAUUUUUGCAAUGAUGUUACUGCACCAGGAAAUUCUAUGACAGAUAAGACAUUGGAUCAACAAUGUACAGUGACUAGACCUGGUGUAUCUUCUAUUGCUGGAGCUUUAGCUGUUGAAUUGUUUGUUUCUUAUGCUCAACUGAAUGAUGACAUUUCUGCAAAUUCUUUGAGCUGCAUAGGUGUUGUACCACAUUCUAUCAGAGGUUUUUUGUCAGAUUAUCAGCAGAUUAUACCAUUUACACCAAGUUUUGAUAAAUGUAUUGCAUGUUCUUCUACAGUUAUUAAUGAUUUUAUAAACAGAAAAGAGGAUUUUUUAAAAAAUGUAUUUGUAAAUUCAAAUUACUUAGAAGAUUUAACGGGUUUAACUGAACUAAAAAAUCAGUUUGAAAAAAUAGAGAUUUUUGAAUUUGAUAACAAUGAUGAUGUGUGUGAUUCUGGAAAUUGUACUGAACCAAUAAAUAUUGUUUAAUUGAGUAUUGAUAUGAAUGAUGCCCAAGAAUAAUUGCUAAAAUAUAUAUAUGUAAUUAUAUUGUUUGAUUAUUAUGAUUUGAAAAUUAAUUGUCAAUAAGUUGAAUUUCUUUUUUAUGUUUGUUGAUAAUAAGUUAUUAAACAAAACAUGAUGAAUUAUUAAUUUGAUUGAAAUUUUAAACUAUAUUUAGUUUUAUUAGUAAAUUCUCAA